GGUCGGAGGUUUGACUUAGUAAGACCGCGAUAAGGCGAUAACGAUGAUGUAGUUGGGAGACAACCUGGGAAACCAGUAUAGUGUUGGGAUUUAAAUGAUAGAUACGAUAAAAUGUAUAGUAAUAUUGGAUAAAAGAGUAGAAGAGAGUAUUAUGCAACAAAAUAAUCCAAAAUACCCCGAUCGAUGUGGAAUUGGCCUUGUAUAAAAGAGAAAAAGUUGCGCACACGCGGAGCAACCGGCGAAAAGAAUCCCAUGGGAAUGAGCCUCAGCCUUGGAGACGUGUUUGUUAUAUUACUUCCUUCCCCUCCCCACUCGAGCUUUACUCCCCCUCUCCACUUCUUUGUGUUUUCCCUCUUCUCUUUGUUAUUUUCUCUCAUGAGUGAUGUUCUCGGCCAUCGUGUUUCCGCUAUCGCACAGUUGACAUAUUGACAUUCUUCCCGAUCCGGCCCUCUCUCUUUUCGGCUUGAUCGGAUUGCCUGGACCUGAAAAGAUCGUUGAUUUUGUCCCCAUUGAAAGAUCCAUUCUUCAUACUCACUACUAGUGGUUUUCGCCAUGUUGCGAGUCGGGUCCUGGUUGUACGGCAAGAAGCCGGCGCAGUCUGUGGACUCGCAGGCUGAGUUGAAAGAUUCGGCAACGCUCAUUCUCAAUGACGAUGUUGAUGGUGCGGAGACUGGUCUCUCCACGGGCACUUCGUCUUUUCAUAAUCUGGGUAAAGGCGUGGUCGCAUUCGUUCGGGCAACAUUAGGCUUCGAGCAGGAGAUUAUGCGACAAGCAUCCGAGCGCCUUUAUGACGCAGAAACCAGCGCGGCCAACGACCAAACCCGGGCCCAGCAAAACGCCCAAGCACCCAAUGCCUUUCACUCCGAUAUCUAUGCUGCCGGUACCGAAUAUGUGUUGUGCCAAGCAAUCGCCCAAUUGAUGAGUGCGGUUGUUGGGGUACUGAAUGAAAGCCUGACGGAAAGCAUCAAAGCAUUCUAUCGGCUGAGAAAGGCUUAUAUCGCACUAGACGCUAUCAUGAAGAUGGAAGAGAAGUUUAUGGAGCAGAGGGGUAUACACAAAGUAUUACUACCCUCUGCGAGUGACCUCUCAAGCUCGAGCGCUGCAUGCCCAGACACAAAGUCGGAAUCGUCCAGGCGCAAAAGUGGCUUCCGCCGAGCAAACCGAGCUCAAUUCGUCAAUGAAUGGACUGGCGAUCUCCCCCGAGCGUUGUCUCCAGAUGCCCCAACGGGCACUUUCACACCUGUAAAGCAUAUCCACCACGACCCCGACUCGGAUAUCUUCAAAAACGAAAUCGAUGUUUUUGUGCACUCUGGUGCUAACUUCUGCUUCGGUAUUCUUCUUCUACUAAUCUCCAUGGUCCCACCCGCAUUCAGCAAGCUUCUUUCCAUUAUUGGCUUCCACGGCGACAAGCAACGAGGGCUGAGAAUGCUCUGGCAAGCUAGCAAGUUCCACAACUUUAUCGGCGCCAUGGCUGCUUUGGCACUGCUAGGAUAUUACAACGGCUUUGUCCGCUACUGCGAUAUUAUGCCCGACCCAACGCCUGGCGAAGCCGACGUCGAGGGAUACCCACAGGAGAGGCUGGCUGCGUUGCUGGCGGAGAUGCGGUCUCGGUUCCCCAACAGUCAACUUUGGCUGAUCGAAGAAUCGCGGAUGUUAGGCGCGAAUAAGGACCUGGACAGAGCUCUGGAACUGUUGUCGACGGACAAGAAGAGCCCGCUCAAGCAGGUCGAGGCGUUGUCCGUGUUCGAAAAGAGCUUGAACGCACUGUUUCUCCACAGAUAUCAUGUCUGCGCUGAAUCCUUCAUCGAAUGCGUGGAACUUAACUCGUGGUCUCGUUCGUUAUAUUACUACAUUGCCGGAUCGUGCCAUGUUGCCCUGUACCGGCAAUCACUCCACGACCCAAGGCUUGCAGAGGAACAUGCUAGUAAAGCCACCUUGUACAUGCGGAAAGCACCUGAGUUCGCCGGGAAAAAGAAAUUCAUGGCCCGCCAACUGCCAUUCGAUAUCUUUGUGACUCGGAAACUUGCCAAAUGGGAGGCACGCGCGAAAGAAUGGGACGUGUCUCUCGUGGAUGCGAUUGGAGUGGACCCCAUCGAAGAAAUGAUUUUCUUCUGGAACGGACACAGUCGCAUGACCAACGAGCAACUACAAGAGUCCCUGACCCGGCUGGAAUGGUGCGAAAGCGAAAACAACAAGACAUGGUCUCGCGAGGGGAUCGAAGAAAAGGCGAUCCUGGGGCUUCUCCGGGCUGCCAUUUUCCGAUCCCUGCACAGACACGACGAGGCGAAAAAGAUCCUGCAGACCUGCGUUUUGAACCACGACAAAUCUGUGUUCAAGGGCCACUUGAAGGAUGACUGGGUCCACCCAGUGGCGCAUUUCGAGAUGGCUGCCAACUUCUGGAUGGAGCGUCCCACGUACAAGACCCUGCAUGGGAUUACAGCUUCCUCCAAAGCGUCGGAUGAAGCGUCCGCGGGAUCUGGGGAGACGAGCACGCAGACUGAGAGAAAGCUGGUAUCCGAGUGCAAGGAAUACCUCGACCAUGCUGCUCGCUGGGAGAGCUACGAGCUCGACGCUCGUGUUGGACUCAAGGUUACUGCGGCGAUGGAAGCAGUCCACAAAUGGGAAAGCAUGAAUCCGGCAGUCUAAUGGCGAUUAUUAUGUUUCAAUCCUAGGGCACGUCUCUGUUCAUAGCUGCCCUGGAUGCCUUGUGUAGCAUACACGCAUAGAGUACAAGUAGAUGUUAGGGUUAGAUGUUUUACCGAAGUUCUUUUUAUAUC